AUGGCUGAGUCUGUUCUGUCCCCGCGCAAGCGUCUGCCGCGGUUAAAUGUGGACGGUCCCUCCUUACAGGACGAUGAGCGUUACGUGACACUGUCCGUCGCGCCGUCUUCUCCGUCUACGGCGUCUACAUCCAGCACUGCCGACGUCUCCUCUUUGACCGUCGUAAAUGCCAAGGCCAAGACCAAGGCGCAGUCGCCCCCAUACGAGCAGAGCCAUCUGCACGAGCGUGCCACGUCGCGUCUUGUGGCCAAAACCGACGAAGCCAGCGACGAACGCAUCAGUGACGCCAGCGACGAGGGUGUUGACGGGCUUACAAGGCUGCAGCAGCUCCGCAAUUGGCUGCGACGACUGCGUCAGACCUUCGGCACGUCAUUCCUGCUGCUCGUGAGUACCGUUUACGCCGUGCAGGGCUUCACGAGCUUCAGCGCUCUAGCAGUCAAUUAUUUCUUCAAGGACAACCUACAGCUGCAGCCGGCCGAGUCGCAGUCGCUGCUUACGUUCAUGAUGGUGCCCUGGGGGAUCAAACCUCUGUACGGCAUCAUCUCUGACAGUUUGCCACUGUUCGGAUAUCACCGCAAGUCGUAUAUGAUGCUGUGUAGUACCGUGGGUGCGAUUGCAACGUUGACGUUGGCUGUGCCCGACCUAAUUACGACCCCGGUUGGUGCUGUGCUCGUGCUAAUGCUUAAUAGCUUAUCAACGGCGGUGAUUGACGUGGUAAUCGAUGCCCGAGUUGUCGAGAUGUCGAGAUUAGAUCCCAAAUGUGGCGCGAACGAUCUGCAGUCAGUCUCAUGGAUCUCCAUGGCGGUGGGUGGCGUGCUUGGGUCGUUCCUAUCCGGUCCAGCGACACACAACCUGGGAGUGCGUGGCGUGUUCUGCUUUGCGGCGAUUGGACCGCUUACGAUUCUGAUCUUCUCUACACUCAUGCAUGAAGCGAAGACAACAGUGAGCAAGCGCCACUGGAAAACCUCAGCUAAGAGACAGUUGCGGCAACUAAAGGGGGCAAUUGGCACACCCGUGAUUUGGAUGUGUGCGCUCUGGGUGUUCCUGUCCGGUGCUAUCAGUCCUGGGUACUCACAAGUCUUCUUUUACUUCUCGACGGACGUGUUGCAGUUUACGCCCGAGUUUUUGGGGACAGUAUCGGCUUUUGGGUUUAUUUUCCUCAUGGUGGGUACCAUGCUGUACAACGCGUGCUUCAAGGACAUGUCAUUCCGUCGCAUCUUCUUCAUCGCUCAGCUCAGUUUGGCUGUUGUGUCGCUGCUGGACGUCGUAUUGGUCACGCGUAAUAACCUGGACGUGGGUAUCCCGGACAAGGCGUUUGUUCUGGGCGAUGCAGUGAUUGCAGACGUCAUCAGCCGCCUCAAGACGAUGCCAGUGAUGGUUCUCUGUGCCAAGCUCUGCCCUAAGGGUAUUGAAGGCACGCUGUUCGCACUAUUGAUGUCCAUUUCCAACUUUUCUCGCAGUGUGAGCGAAUUUUGGGGAGCUCUCGUGUGUACUUGGUUAGGCAUCGCCAAGGACGAGUACGACAUGUUGUGGCUCGCUAUCAUUCUUCGCAGGUGGUUCCCAUCUUCUUCCUCUUCCUCAUCCCAGCGACGGAUCCUCAGGAAAUUGUGGACGAACUGGACUUCAGCUCCCCUGCCCAUGGUGAUGCAGGUAAAGAUGAAGCGGGUGAUGACGAUCACGCUGGUACGAUUCGUGAAGACCACACAGUCAAUGACUGCUCGCCAACUGAAGAGGAAGAGCUGA